AAAGAAAGCAUGGUGGCGGUGAAUGUCCCACCGGAUAAAUUGUAGGCUAAUCGUGGUUAUUUUAACAUAAAUUACCUUUGUUGAAUUAUUUGUAAAUUUCAGUGUUUAUUACUACGAAAAAAUGGCUUCAUCACAUGCUUUCAAUCAACCUCUGCACCGUGGGCUGUUGAGCUGUAAUAUUCCACAGUUGCAGCUAAUGGCAGAUAGAUUUUCUCUCGAUAUGCAGUUUCUGGUGAAGACAAUGUACCUCCUGAGUGAUUACUUGAGGCAGGGGCGCAACAUUACACCUCUGCAAGGAGCUAUCAUGAUAGGAAACUUCCGCAUAUGCAAGCGGCUCAUUGCUGAAGGAGCUGAUUUCUUCUCAUACUCCUACGAUCUAUUGACUCCGUUAAAUAUGGCCCUCGAUGUUGGGAAGUUCCAAAUAGCUAAACUGCUCAUCACCUCAGGAGCUGACGUUUGUGUUCUCCAGAACGGAUAUUUUCCAAUGUAUUUUGCCAUAAAGUCUGAUACACCAGAGUACAUAAUUGAAAUGAUCAUACGCAGAGGUUUCCCUGUGAACGGCGUUGUUGAGAACAUGUACAACUCUACAGCUCUUCAUAGAGCAGUGUUGUGCAACAAUGUUGAUGUCACUAAUCUCCUCUUGAGGUAUGAAGCUGAUUGCAAUGUGAUUGAUAACUUUGAAGGUUACGCUCCCAUACACAUAGCUGUGAAGCAGAAGCAGCCAGAGAUUGUCAAGCUGUUAGCCGAACAUGGAGCCAACUUAGAGGUAGAGUGUGGAAAAGGAUUCACGCCUAUUUUUUAUGCUGCUGCCAACAAUGAUGUGAAUUGUUUGAAUAUUCUUUUAGAGUUUGGUGCAGAACCAAAUCAUUUGUCUACUGUCCAUUAUAUUUACCCGCUACAUCAUGCUGCAUCUCUGUGCAGUGUGGAAGCCACUGAUAUGUUACUCAAAAGAGGAGCAGAUGUCCAAUUGAGUACUCCAAUCACUAGAGAUCUCCCGAUCCAUAGUGCUGUCAUGUCAGAAAAAAGCAAGAUAUCAGAAGUUUUUGCUCAGGAUUUAGCCAAUGUCGUCAAACUCCUAAUUGAGAAUGGAUCGCAGAUCGAUGUUCCCAACAAUUAUAACCAGACUCCGAUGGAAUUGGGUAUAAUCGGACAAACCUUUGAAGCUGUACAAGUGCUUGUAAAAGAGGGAGCUGCAGUCAAUAAACCAUUGGAUUGUGGGACAUAUUUCCACUUUGUUGCUAGCAAAGGAAACAAAGAAAUUGUAACAACGUUUUUGGAACACGGAGCUGACUAUUCUUUCUUUGAUGUCAACAAAAUUACUCCGUACCACACUGCUGCAUUCAAUCCAGAUCUGACCGUCCUGUCUGUGUUUUGGAAAUUUCACUGCCCUGUAGACCUCCCCCUUCUCGGUGAAAAUUCCAAAAAACCCCUGUUCUCUCCUGCUGCCAUUGAUCUUCUGGAAAACCAAAAAAUGUUCUUGUCCGGUGUAAAGUCGAAUGACGUUAAUGUUAUGAUGGAUGCCCUCUCUAAAGGUGCUGAAGCCAGAGGUUGCAGUAUGAAAUUGUCUCAUCCUCUUCAUGUUGCUGCUAGCAAAGGCUAUACCCAAGUUGUAAAACUGUUGCUGGAAAAUGGCGUCGCACCAAGCUCCGUGAACAGCAAUAAUGAAACUCCGCUACAUGUUGCGGCAAAAGCAGGUCACUAUGAUGUUUGCCGUCUCUUGUUGAAGCAUGGAGCCGUCUACAACUCUAGGUCUAAAGUGAAGAAAACUCCUUUAGAACUCGCUACAGAGAAUAAUCAUGAGGAGGUUGCACACCUCUUGACUGGAGUUGAUAUGAUCUUCAAAAUCGGAAAGGAAAAAAAGGUUUCUCGUAAAAUUAAAGAGUUAUCCUUUCUCGUCAAUGAUGAUCUGUAUUUUGUUUAUGUAAACUCUAUGAACAGUAGAGGCGAAACUCUAUUGAAAGUGGCAAUUAAGAAGCAGUUUACUAAACUGACAGAUAGGUUAAUGAAGUUAAGAGUAACAAGGAAGGAUGUAUAGUGUUGAAGUUGUGGUGUGUGAGGGAAAUGUCCCAAGUUUGUUCAAAAGUUAAAGUUGGUGAGGUAAAUAUUUCACAGAGUAUGGGAGUAAAUGGUGAUUGUAAAGUAUUGUUGCUUUAAAUUGGUCAUCAUACAGUCAUCAGUUUGUAUUAAUCAAAUUAUUUACAACUAAAUAAUUUAUUUUUAUUAUUUUAUUUUUAUUUUUAAAGAAUAUUGGAUGCAGAAAUUAUAUUUACUGCCUGACAUUUUCAAGUUUUGUUGAAUUACAAUUUAAGUAAGUAGGUGUGACAUUUAAUAAAACUACAAAAAUAUUUAUUUACUGUACGUCAAGCAAGUAACACAAAGCUAAGAUAUCUGUUUAUUUAUAAUAGAUUGAAUUUACUAUUUUUUAUAGUCCCUCCAUUAUUUUAUAACAAAACUUAGUAUUAACUGAUUAGCAAAAAGUACUUUUGGAUCUUGUAGCUUAUUUCUGAUUGAUGCUUUACUGUAAUAUAAAUCUUGCUACGGACAUUACAGACAUUUUACAGUAACAUUCCCAUUAAGUUAUUGUUUGGAAAAAACAUUGAUUUUCUCUAUCAAAGUGAAACCGUCAUAGAUUAUUGUCAAGCAUUACUUAAUUUUUUGCAUGCAAAAGACAACUAUUUAAUUAUUUUAGUUUUGAUUGAACCACAAAGAAUCCUCUUAGGAGAAACCAUAGUGUAAAUUUUCAUUCAUUUUUUACCAUUGAAUGGUUAUUUUUAGUUUGCAACUAUAGUAUUUCACUGAGCUUGUUUACCUUUUAUAAAUAGUGUUUAUUUAAAUGUCUAAGUUUUGACUUAUCUUAUUAACAAACUUAAAUUUAACUCUGUAAUCUUGUUAUAGUAAGGUCAAAGUUAAAACUUUUAGGAUAUUUGUAUAUAGAUAAUCAUUAAGUUUAGAGUUGCUUUGAUGUAUCCAGAAAAUAAACUAGAUACAGUAGCUUUUAAGUGUACAAAUUAUAUUUUUUCCUAGUGUAUCAUAGAUACUGUAGUUAAUCUUGUUUUUACUUUUGUUUAUAUACAUACAUCAUCUACAUAGUUAGUAAACCUGAUUCUCAGUUUUCACCAUUGUGGGGUAAACUACUUAAAAAUUACUUGUUACUUUAGAAAAUGCUGUUUGUAUUUAUUUGAUACUAAGUUUGGCUAUUUAAUUUCUGUAGAUAUUAGACGUACCGACAGUGUUAAACCCGACCAGUGUGAUCUUUUUGGUUGUGUAUGGCUCAGGUUUUAUUUUGUUCAAAUUAAUUUAUUUCAAGAUUAUUAAGCUGAUGCCAGUAUUAUUUUUUCACGUUUUAUGAGGUUUACAAGUUACAAGAAACUGGGCACUUUACUUGAUUAGCAGAUUCACUCAGCUAUUUUGGAUCUUAUGAAUAUUUACACCAAAUUUGAAUUAAACCACACACAAAUUUGGUCACUUCACAGUCUGAGGCCACAUUAAGUGAACAAUCAUUUGCCAGAGUCAACAGUUUAAAACCCACACUUACCUACUGAAUCUUUAAAUUAAAUUGUCAAUUAAGUACUUUCUUUUGACUCAACAAUUGCAAAGUUAUUUUUUCUACUAUACAAAUAAGAUUUAAAGAUUAUAGCAUAAGAUAAGACUAGAUGAGUAAGAAUAGCUAGCUAGUUUCAAUUGGACUUAAAAUUUUACUAUGGAUCUGUAUUGUUAUAUUUUACAAAAUAUAUUGUUUUAUAAGAUUUCUCCUUACUUAUAAGAUCAUUCUUACUGUACUAUUGUACCAAAUUUACUACUUAAGUUCUGAUUAAUGA